UGCAAGAUAAAGCCAUGUAUCAGCUGUUAUCUGUACGUUAUCGAUGCCACCCACCGACUUGCCGCCAUCAGUACGACUCUCACUUCCAGCUUAUAGUUGUGUCCUCACCCUCCAGUGUUGUCUCUGCUUGCCACCUUACAUUAACGUCUCAACUAUAUAGUCAUUGAACCCAAGAUAAGUCGUAAUGAAUUACUGUCAAUGAAUAAACUGAAAAAAUGAAUGGGGAAAUGAUGAGAGUUACAGGAUGCGUCAGGUCCUGUGAUGUACCAUUCAUGCAAGUCUUAAACAGCUGUCACGUCUGCUCCCCAGUUUGCAGGUGGGUGUCCAGAGACUCUGGUGAGUAAUGUAGCAGCCUCAAGCACCCUCACUACCUCUAACACUGGCUGUCCACUGACCUCUGGGGGUCAAGUGUGAUCUCAUAGGAUCAUAUGUAAGACCUUGGAUCAAAUAAAGAAUCAGGAGUCAAACUAUCAAUAGUAUUGUCUACGUUCCUGCCCAAACACGACAGCAUCAUGAUUGACAUGAACAACCUGAGACAACCUUCAGUCUCUCUGAAGAUUGUCGAGAUUGUGCUGCUGGUGAUCGCCAUCUCUACGUUCUUCAGCUUUUUUUAUGGGUGGGCAUUCUUCGCCAGUAGCGUGAUGCUAGCUUGCUUCAUCAACGCUUUCGCCUUCCUGGGCAUCUACCUGAUGGGUUACACCCAGGUUAUGCAGACACCGCUGGAGUCGGUACUCUACGUGUACUACUGCAUUGGUCUCCUCGUGUCCUCUAUCCUGCUGAUGGCCACCCACAUCUCGCUCUUGGUGGCGAGUGGAGUGUUCUGCCUCUUCCUCACCUUCGUCUAUUGUCUUGACCUGUACUUCUCCACCAUAGGCAUGAUAAGGCGGCCUGAGUCCUUUCCUCCAAAUGCUCAGCCACCCAGGGAAGCGAUUGGUGUUUCUCCCUCUACCAUCAGCACUACUCCAGUUAUUUUAAACCCAGCCAGCUUCCCUCCCACUUAUCCUGAAACAACAUCAACACACGUCUUGCCGUCUUACCAGGAUGCUUUGGGAAGGGAUACAGUGGAUAUGAACCAAUCUGCAUUUGCCUCUUCCAUUUACAGUACAAACCCCACUAUUCAAGUAACUAGUAAUUCCCCAUAUACCAUCACUCGGGAGAAUACAACUGGGCAUCCUAUCGAUGGCUUUAAUGGACCCCGUCCGUAACCUCUUGAACGUUCUCUACAUAUAUAGUAACAAGCUAUUUUGCAUUUCUGUAUACUAGAAAACCCUCUAACCAUUUUUUAAAUGUCUCGGAAAAACAAGCACUGAUACGUCAGCAGUAGAUGUAGGAGUUUGUUGCUGCUUUAUUUGUCAGGAGAGUGGCGGCUCGUGUAUAGGCACUGUGGAACUGCAACACCCCGUAUUUUCACUCGAUAUUAUCGAUAACAUUCAGUAUAAUGAGUCUUUUUUUUUCUUUAAUUCUUUAUUUAUACUUGUACAUUAUAUAAUCUUUAAGCUUAAUGUCAGUAGCCAUCCCCUAGUACAUGAAAAAAAUACAAAAAUCCUUGUAUUGAACUGUGCGCUUCACAGUUCCAGCGACUCGGUGUUUGGCUGUGUGCAUGCGCACUUGUCCGAGACAAGACACUGCACGCUAGGUAGAGAGAGCACUGUCGCUGACGCAGUGCCGACCAUGUUGUGUAAGUGUAAGGUAGUGUUUCUUUUUGACUCAGCGACGUGUGUUGUGCUUAAAAACCAUGUACCAUAUUCUUGAAUAUGAUAAAGUGUAGAAUUAGAUGAUUAUCAUGCUUCCAGCUAUUUUAUUUAAUUUAUAGUUUUUUCGGUUCUUUUAUUUUACAGAAAAUUUAAAUAAUUUAAUCGUGGCCUCCUUGUAUCCCCAAGAAAUAAGUUCUGUGAUUGUAAGUGAACUUCAACAGCGUAGGUUUUCACAGUUAUCUCUCCAUGAGAAAGUUAGUUAAGAAAAGAGGCCGUUCAACACCUGAUAUUCAACAAUCUCAGCCAGGAAUAAGCAACAACAGGAAGUAUAUUCGUAGCUUUAAUUCUGAAUGGUACCAACGGAAAAGUUGGCUUUGCCGCUGUGAAGUAAAGAAUGCAUUUUUUGCUUCCUGUGUUUGCUGCUUGUUUCGUUUUACACAGUAUUAAAACAAUGGCUAAAAAUUUUCUGAAGCAGCAUCUCCACUAAUUUUAGCAACGAGCCGCCACUGUCCGGGAGAAAUAUAAAGAUUUUCAUUGACGCUGGUCUUAGUGAUAUGAUACACCCAGUGGAGUCUGGUCAUUUGACCCAGUUUUCUCACUGAAUUACUGACAUAUCCAUCACCAGUACGCCCACCAUCACACAACACCCACGUCAGGAGAUAUUUCUCCUGGCGACGGAACUGCCAUCGCCACUCAUUUAUACUUCUCAUUUUUAUUUUUGUCUUGGCAGCUCAUCUCACCAACCAUACAGUAAUAAAUUCUACCCACAAAGCAUCAUAUACAAACAGCAUCUCCUGCUGGCCGUACAGAAGCUGCAGGAGACGUUCCAUCUGGCCGCCCUUCAGCAUAUUCCCUUAUCACUGAUUUUUUUUUUGUCAAUAUUAAUGCAUUUUGUAACAAAUUUUCCAGUAUAUUUUUGUGGUAAGUAUCGUUGAGUCAUAUUGUCAAAUUAUAUUGACAUGAACGUUGGUGAUCACCAGCACCUCGAGUGACGGUAACGUUGGUGAUCACCAGCACCUCGAGUGACGGUAACGUUGGUGAUCACCAGCACCUCGAGUGACGGUAACGUUGGUGAUCACCAGCACCUCGAGUGUUAUGAUCAUUUGAAUUAUAUUAUGAUUCUAGACUACUUAUUUGAUAUAUGAAAUUAUUAUAUAUGAAAUUCGAGGAAUAGGAUCUUCUCUCCCCCUCCUCGGAUCAAACCUGAUUGCCUCCUAUUUCCCAGGUGUUGUAUUACCCUAAUUAGUUUAACUUUUCACUUUAUUAUAUUACUAUACAUGGAUAUGUUAGCAGUAACAAUUAAAGUAUUUUCAAACACUUUUGUGAAAA